AUGUUGGCAGUAAUGGUGCGAUUUUUCAUGCUGUGGAUGGGAACUCUCCUUCAGCUUUCUCAUGCAACAAUUUACACCAACAACUGGGCGAUAAAAGUAAGAGGGGACCUUGAGUCUGUGAACAGAAUCGCAGAGAAAUAUGGACUUACCAACAUGGGUCAGAUUGGAGACCUGAAGAGCUACUACAGUUUCCGUCACCACGAGACAGCAAAUCGUUCCACAAUAUGCAACAAAGAAGUGACUGGACGCGUUGCCAAGGAGACCGAGGUGGAGUGGAUCCAACAGCAGGUGGUCCUGAGAAGAGUAAAGAGGACCUCCAAACAUCAUGACAUCUAUCCCACUGGCAUAAGGACCAAUCAGUUUAACCACAGCCAGACAAUGCACCUCAAUGAUUCAGUGUUAAGCAGCCUGUGGUACAUUCACUGCAGGGAUGACUCCGCAGGCUGCCUGUCUCAUAUGAACAUUGCAGGAGCCUGGAGGAGAGGGUACACUGGGAAGGGUGUGGUGGUGUCUGUCCUAGAUGAUGGCAUUGAGAGAGAGCAUCCGGAUCUGAAGCCAAAUUAUGACCCACUUGCCAGCUAUGAUGUGAAUGGACAAGACCCAGAUCCCUCUCCCAAUUAUUCCUACAAUGUUGCUAACUUCCAUGGGACUCAGUGUGCAGGGAUUGUUGCUGCAGCUGCAAAUAACUCUCAGUGCACGGUUGGAGUAUCGUUCCAUGCACGGAUAGGAGGGAUCCGUAUGCUGGAUGGAGAUGUAACAGACAUUAUGGAAGCCCAAUCACUGAGCUUCAGGCCACAGUAUGUUGAUAUUUAUUUAGCCAGCUGGGGACCAGAAGAUGAUGGGACUACUUUGGAUGGACCUGGAUCUUUAGCCCGUCUAGCUUUAAAGAGAGGCAUUCAAACAGGUCGGCAUGGGAGGGGAUCUGUCUUUGUUUGGGCUUCGGGGAAUGGAGGGCGAGAAGGUGACCACUGCUCCUGCGAUGGCUACAGCAAUAGCAUCUACACCGUCUCUAUCAGCAGCGGCAGUCGCCAUGGAAGCCAGCCAGAUUACCUAGAGCGAUGCUCCUCCACACUGGCGGCGGCUUACAGUGAUGGGAAGACAGAGGAGAUGAUGACACUGGGACCACUGCAGAGCUGCAAGAGGACUCAGUCAGGGACUUCCUUCUCCUCCGCUGUGGCAGCUGGUGUCAUUGCUCUCACUUUAGAGGCCAACCCCUUUCUGAGCUGGAGGGACGUGCAGCACAUUAUUGUCCGAACAUCAAAAGCCCAUCAUCUUAUAGCUUCUGACUGGCAUAUUAAUGGAGCUGGAUACAAAGUUAGCCAUCUGUAUGGCUUUGGCAUGCUGGAUGCUGAGAGUAUGGUGAAGGAGGCUGAACACUGGAAACACGUUCCCCCGCAGCACGAGUGUGUGGAGGAGGCUGCCAUCCAGCUGAGCAGGAUUAUUCAUCCUAACUCGGUGCUGACGUCUGUGUAUGAGUCUACAGGCUGCUCCAGCAAGGCCCUGCAGCACGUUGUUUAUGUGGAACAUGUUGUAGUUCGUAUAACCAUCACUCACAGUCAUCGUGGCGACCUUUCCAUCACACUCACAUCCCCUUCAGGCACUGUGUCAGAGCUGCUAGCAAACAGGCCUCUUGACAGCUCUACUGAGGGAUUUCAGAACUGGGAAUUCAUGACGACUCAUUGCUGGGGGGAGCAGGCAGCAGGGGAAUGGACUUUGAAAAUCAAGGAUAUGCCCUCUCUGAAGAGAGACAGCACUAAACAAGGAAUGCUGAAGAACUGGUCUCUGGUGAUUUACGGCACUGCAGAGCAGCCUUACCUUGAGCAUCAUCGACGAGCCCGCUCAGUCGAGAUUCCAAUGGAUGAAGAUCUCACUGAAGGAUACAACGGACCCUGCGACCCAGAAUGCAGCGAUGAUGGUUGUGAGGGGCCGGGCCCGCAGCAGUGUGUCACAUGCCUGCACUUUUUUCUCAAAUUCAAGAAUAAUUCAAGGUUGUGUGUAUCGGAGUGUCCACGAGGGUUCUGGGGUGACCGUCGCCGUUGUAAGAGGUGCUACUCCUACUGUGAAAGCUGCACAGGAAGUCGCAACAACCAGUGCACUUCCUGUCAGCCUGGUUAUUACCUGACAGAUGAGACCAAUACCUGCACAGCCACCUGUGGGGAUGACUACUACCCUGAUCAUGAAACAAACACGUGCAGAAAGUGCAGUGAAAACUGCUUGAAGUGCACCUCCUACAGCAUCUGCACAGAAUGCAAACCAGACACAAGUCUGCAGGGGAAUCGGUGCCAGCGUAGCUGCAUAACUGGAUUUUACCAUGACACACAGGACAGUAUAUGCAAGCCCUGUCAUGAGGCCUGUGCAACCUGUGCAGGUGCAGGUGUUGAGGCAUGUAGUCACUGUGCAGAAGGCUACUUGAUGGAGGAGUGGAGGUGUGUGUCCUCCUGCAGUGCUGGCUUCUACGCCACAGAGCCAAGCCCCGAGAUAGCUGAUGGGCACAGGAUAUGUAGGAGGUGUGACGCCAGCUGUCUCACCUGUGUGGGGCCGAGCAGGGGGAACUGCAGCAGCUGUUCCAGUGGUCACAGCCUACAGGAGGGAGUGUGUGUUGUUAACACUGAAUGCACAGACGGAGAGUAUCAUGAUAGUGACGGGGGGUGCCGUGAAUGUGAUGCAACGUGUUUGAAGUGCACAGGGCCACGAAGCGAAGACUGCAUCAGCUGUGCUUCUUCACGGGUUUUAGAAGAAGGCCAGUGCAUGGUGGAGUGUGGCAAGGGGAAGUAUGAAUCGGGUGGACAGUGUCACCUGUGUGACCAUACCUGUGCCACAUGUAUAGAUGCGGGAAUUGCCAGCUGUACCAGCUGUGAUACAGAUAAGUUUGGAAUAGAGCGUUACCUGUAUAACAAUCUCUGCCUGGACACCUGUCCUGAGGCCUUCCACCACACCAAUGAGAAGACCUGUGAGCCCUGUUCAGAGCACUGUCACCUCUGUACAGGCCCCAACCAAUGCCUGAAGUGUAACUCCUUCUACUACAUCUCCGAUGGACAGUGUGUGAAGCUGGAGUGUGGUGAAGGGGAGGUGGAGGACCCAGAUUAUGAUGAAUGCAUGGCGUGUGAGGAGGGCUGCAGAAAGUGUGUCUUGUAUAACCCCAGGCACUGCCUGUCCUGCAUUGAGGGCUUUUACAACUUUCAGGAUGGCUGCUACAAAAACUGCCCUGCAAAGACAUACAGCGUGGAGGAGGAGAUGACUUGUGUUCCAUGUGAUGACAAUUGUGUGAGCUGUGAUGAACAUGAGUGCUACUGGUGUGAGACCGACCUCUUCUUAUCAGAGGGGAGGUGUGUUUCAGUAUGUUCUGAUGGUUUCUACGGAGAUGAAGACUCCAACGACUGUGAGGAGUGUCACUUGGACUGUGAGACAUGUAGCGGUCCUGAGGACAGUGACUGUCUGUCAUGUGAAGACGGAAAGAUUCUUCAAAAUGGGGAAUGUGUGUUUGGCCAUGAGGCCUGCCCCAUUAAGACCUUUCUCAACGAUGAUGGGGCAUGUGAAGACUGCCACCCAUCCUGUGAGUCCUGUUCAGGAGAGCAGAAAAACCAGUGCACGAAAUGUGGAAAAGGGCGUUUUCUAACCAUGCAGCAGACGUGUGUGUCGAAGUGUCCGGUGGGCUUCUUUGCCAAUCGGCUGAGCGGCAAGUGCGAGGCGUGCCCUGUAGGCUGCUUGCAGUGUGUGGAUGCUCAGAGCUGCAGUCGAUGUCAGAGUUCUCGGAAAGCUCAGUUAUUCCUCCAGGAUGGACAGUGUGUUCAAGAGUGUGUCAGGGGUUAUCCUGCAGGCCAGCUGUGUCUCAACUGUGCACCCGGCUGUGCAUCCUGUGAGAGUAAUACCACGCACUGCCUCACCUGUGAAGAGCCUCUCCUACUACAUAAGCACCUGUGUGUGGAGGAGUGUCCUCCAGGGCACAUUGUCCGAGAAAGGGAGUGCCAUCAUUGCCCAGCAGCCUGCAGAGAGUGCAGCCCACUUGGGCUGUGCACAGGCUGUGAGGAGUAUCACUUUCUCCAUGAGGGCCUCUGUGUGCCCAACUGUCCUGAGAGGUUUUUUGAGGACAGCGAGCAAGGGAAGUGUUUGCAUUGCCACCCUGACUGCGCAUUGUGUGAUGGGCCGAACAGCAAUGAUUGUGAUGCCUGUGUGGAUUCUGAGGCCACCCUGCACAAUGGAGCCUGUCUGGCUGCCUGCCCCUCCCAUACAUAUAGGGAUGCUGUAACAGGAGAGUGUAAAGACUGUGAUGCAUCGUGUCUUACAUGUUUUGGGCCCCACGUGAGUUCCUGCACCAGCUGCAGAGACAGUCAGAGGCUGGACAGCAACAACCACUGUGUGUCAUCAGACCACAAAUGCUCAGCUCACCAGUACACAGACCAGGACGGGGAAUGCCACCCUUGCCACAAAUACUGCCACAGGUGUUCAGGUCCAGGCAAAACCCACUGUCUGAGCUGCAACCAGGGACAUCUUUUGCUUAAUGGCACCUGUGUGGAUGAGUGCCCAACAGGCUACUAUGAGGAGGAGUCAGAGCAGAAAUGUCAACUUUGUCAUGCUUCCUGUCAUACUUGCAUUGGAAAGCAGAGCCAUCAGUGUCUCACCUGCAAAGCCCACCUGUUCCGAGAGGCCAAAGAAUGUGUGGAGACCUGCCAGCAUGGUCACUAUGGAAACACUGCCUCAAGGAUGUGUGAAAAGUGUGACCCAAGUUGUGGUGAGUGCAUGGUGGGUGGGGAGGAUGGCUGCCUGAGCUGCGCUCCCGGCCUCAUCUACUUGCGGAAAGAAGGCCGCUGUCUCCCUUCAUGCCCUCAGGGAUACUAUCAUGAUUCUGUGCACCGGACCUGCGAGCCCUGCCAUGCCACCUGCAGAACAUGCUCAGAAAAAGCCUCCCAGUCCUGUGACUCCUGCUACCCUGGAUACCUGUUGUCAAAUGGCAGGUGUGAGUCCAUGUGCGAUACUGGCCAGCAUCCUGUUAUAAAGGGUUCAGGCUACGCUUGUGAAGACUGUGACAGCUCCUGUUUGGAGUGCCGGGGACCUGGUCCAUCCAACUGCACUAUGUGUCCUGCUCAGGCAAUCUUAGAAGCUGGGGGGCGCUGUCUGAUGUGUUGCCGCCAUGAAGAGAAAAACGAGGACAUUGCAUUGCCACAGCAGGAUUGUUGUAACUGCACUGAAACCCGAGGAGAGUGCAUCCUCAGUACCAACUUGCCAUUCAGGAAUGAGGAGGAGGAGGAGGCUAGAGGUAACCUGACAAUCUUCAUAAUCACCUGCAUCCUGCUUGUGCUGGGGCUCGUGGUAGUCGCCUUCCUCAUCAAACACUCCAGGUCCAAAAGCAUACCCUCGGACCUCCCUCCCCGUGGAUACGAGAAGUUGGGCUCUGGCAGAGGAUUUGGAGGUGGAAGCAGACAUGGUGGCUACAGCUCUUCUUCUGCAUCUUACAGCGGGAGAGGCAGCUCCUCUGGAGGCCGAUUCCAAGAGACUCAGCUGGUUGACAUCAGUGAGCGUCGCUCAGGGAAUAAGGAUGAUGAUGAUGAUGACGACGAUGAUGAGGACAUUGUUUAUAUGGGCCAUGAUGGCACCGUGUACCGGAAGUUCCGGUACGGGCAGCUGGGGGAGGACAACGAGAAUGAGCUGGAGUAUGAUGAUGAGAGCUACACAUUCCGAUGAAGCAUAAAAAGUUGCCUUCUGUUUUCUUCUACAAGCUUCUGUCUCUCUGAUUCCCUCCUCUCUUCUGUUUGUCUCUUCCUGCCCUCAGGGACAGACCUAUUUAUCCUUCACUGAAUGAGCUCAAACAAAUGAGACGUGAGAAGCUAUUUAUAAUGAUCUGCAUUUCAUAACUGUUAUCCAUUCACAAAAUUAAAUAUGCUGCAGAAACAAAUCCAUAUUCAACAUGCAUGAAGGGGGUUGGUUUCACUCUUUUCUUUUACGUGUGACAGUUUUGGAUAUAUUUACAUGGCCAAAGCUUCAAACAAUGUGGCAUCCCCCAAAACAUAUUACACGAGUAGUUUAAUUGGUGUUUAGAUAUAUUUCCAGUAUACAGCAGUGAAUGGAGAUACUAAACACUGACAGCAGAAUAACAUUUUAGCAACUACAAUGCAUUUCUCCACACUGCAAAUGUUUUCCUUUCAGUUAAUAUUUUAGAUUAAAGAUAAAAACAGAAAAUAUGCAUAAUAUACUUGUUGAUUAGGCUUUGUUUUUUUUUGUUUUUUUGUUUGUUUGUUUGUUUUUUGGCUUUAUUUGAGUAUGACCUUAUGUGUAUAUUUAUUAUGGACAUUUACUAGUUUUUGCUUUUCUGACCUUUUACUUGUUGUAGUGUUUUGACUAGGAUUUGAAAAUGUUGCCUUUUGCUGUAUCUCAUGAGUUUGUCAUUGAAAUUUAAUUUGACAACGUGUUAUUCUGUUGAAAUAAAAAACACUUUU